AUUAACAACACAACAGAAGAAGCUUUUGUUCUUCUUCCAUUUGAAUUUGGAGCACACGAUCUCAUCAGCGAUGGCAGAGAAGUACAACCUCAGAAACCCAGCCGUCAAGCGAAUUCUCCAAGAGGUUAAGGAAAUGCAAUCAAACCCUUCCGAUGACUUCAUGAGCCUCCCCCUCGAGGAGAAUAUAUUUGAAUGGCAAUUUGCAAUUAGGGGGCCUCGUGAUACUGAAUUUGAGGGUGGUAUUUAUCACGGUCGGAUCCAAUUGCCUUCAGAGUAUCCAUUCAAACCUCCUUCAUUUAUGUUGUUGACACCCAAUGGUCGUUUUGAGACCCAAACCAAGAUUUGCUUGAGCAUAUCAAAUCAUCACCCUGAACAUUGGCAACCAUCGUGGAGUGUAAGGACUGCUCUAGUUGCGCUGGUUGCAUUCAUGCCCACCAAACCACAUGGUGCACUUGGCUCAUUAGACUACAAAAAAGAAGAGAGGCAUGCCUUGGCCAUUAAAUCACGGGAAGCAUCUCCAAAAUUUGGGACCCCUGAACGUCAAAAAUUGAUUGAUGAGAUACACGAGUAUAUGCUAAGCAAGGCACCCCCCGUUCCUCAACAUAUCCCCUCACAAGCUUCUGAAGAACAAUCCAAAACUGAGGAAGCCGAGUCCCAGAUUAAUCCGCAAAAUCCUGAGGUUUUACCUGCAGGUGAUGGGAUUCCAGAUCAUGUAGGUGACAGAAUAGUUGAAGAACAAGAACUCCCUGUCAAUGCUAAUCCUAACCCUGCAGGACUUGAAGCUCCAACGGAGAAUCCAUCCAGCGUUUCAAGCAACCAGUUGCUCCAGAAGUCAGAUACAAGGGUUCAAAAACUUGACGAUCGAUUGUUCACACUGGCAGCUAUUGGACUUACUAUAGCAAUUGUGUUCCUUUUGCUGAAGAAGUUCGUUAAAUCUACGGAACAUGGUGCUGUUUUCAUGGAUGGAUCUUAGAUGUAUAUUCUUAGCUCUGUUGGCUUCAAUAUCAAAAUUCCUAGCCCCGUGUAGUCAGUAGGAAUAUCCAACGCUUCUAAAGUGAAGUGAUAUUAUAUGAUCUUUCGAUUAUACUAAUGUCUUGUAAUUAUGAUAAUACAUAGUAUGUGUGAGCAAGGUUCUACAAUGCGGUAUCGGCCACUCCUACUCCCCGUAAUUAAUGCCAUAUUGUUUGCUUAUGCCUAUCAUUAUUUAUGUAUUGACCAAACGUUCUCAUCAAUGAUUAAACGUGGGAUUAACAGCUUCAUG